AUGGACAGCCACGACGGGGCCACAGAGGGCGAUGGUGGAGCCGAGCAAGACCUGACCAGGCAGCCAUCCGAGAUCAAGGUCAGCUCCGAACCUCAGACUACGGCUGACCCUCCGGAGCCAGGACCGGAGCCAGGGCCGGAGUCGGGCCCGGAGUCGGGCCCGGAGCCGGGACCGGAGCCGGAGACCCAGCCGGAGACCCAGCCGGAGACCCAGCCGGUUGCGGACGGCCCCAAAGCAGAGGCUUCGGAGGGGAGCGAUGAUGCGCGUGUCGAGGUCCUGGAAAGUCUGGAGGCCGCUGAGGCUACGGGCGAGGCAGUAGAGGCCGCGAGCGAGGACGUGUCCCAAGAGCCAGAGAGUCUGCCAGAGCCCAAUCCCGAGACUGAGCGGGAAUCCAAGGAGCUGGACAAGGACGAAGACGAAGAAGACGAUGAAGAUGAGGAGGACGAGGAACCCGACCGGCCAGAGAAGCAGAAGGACAAGGUGAAGAGGAUGAAGAGCAAGGAGUCAUGGUUCCGGCCCUCACUGCCGCUGACCACGAUCGUCGAAGAAGCGGCUGCUCCAGCCCCACGGGCAGAGAAAGAGAAAUCGAAGGAGUCUGAGCGGAAGCGAGGUAGCAAGGAUUUCGAGGCGAUAGGUCGAGAACGACGCAAGAAAAGCAAAGAAGAGCAUCUUUUCCCUGGAGAGGAGGAGGAGGAAGAGGAAGAUAAGGAUAGAGACUACGACGACUUCGAGUGGUCUGCGGAUGUUCGGAAACUGCAAGAGCAGCAGCUGCGUGGGGAGCUAGUGGACCAGUAUCACGCCCUGCUGGUGGAGCGGAACCGAUACCAGCGCUACAAUGUGUACCUACAGCAGAAGAUCUCCGAUACACUACGCAAGAAGGGCCUGGAAGCAGCUGAACCUGCGGACAAGAGUGCGGAACCAGAUUCUCCGGAGAAAGAGCAAGCAUACUUGCGCUAUCUGGCCAUGCUGGAGGAACUGAAGAAACAAGAGGCGGACGACCUAGAGUGGUACCGCGAGGAGGUGCGUGAGCUGAAGCACCAGUGCCAGGAGAAGCAGGCCAGGGUGGAGAAAGAGUGGCGGCGCUUCCAGACCCUCAAGAAGCAGGUGGUGAUGCAGGUCAUGGGCAGCUGCCGCAUGCGCGGUGGGCGCCAGGCGGCUCUGAGAGAGGUGGAACAGAUCCAGGCGCUGGAGGAUAAAAAGGAGAAGGAGAUGAGCGCCUUACGCCUCGAGAACGUGCAGCUGAAGCAGAGCCUGGUACACUUUGAAACCAGGAUGAAAGCCCAGGAGGACUUGGCUGAGGGACUGCUCCUCAUUGACUUUGAACAGCUCAAAAUUGAGAACCAGACCUUCAAUGAGAAAGUCGAGGAACGAAACGAAGAACUUCUAAAACUGCGCACUAAGGUGACCAGCAACGUGCAGAUAAUAACCCACGUGAAGGAAAAGCUGUCUUUCAUAGACACGGAGAACUCAUGCAAAAAGGCACAACUUUUGGAAAUCGAGGCCCAGGUGGCCCUAGGAAGAGACCUAUUGACAAAGACAAAGCAAGCCCGAGACAGCCUGCGAACUGACAACGUCAAACUGAAUCAGAAAUGUGGGCUUCUGGGUAAGGAAUCACUCCUCCGAGACUUAGAAGAAAAAGUGGAUAAGACAAAAUUUCUCAACAGGCGUCUGGAAUCCCUGAAGCGCCAUCAUGCGGGGCUCACCUUGUCCUGCAAAGGGGUGAAGCAAAAGAUCAGGGAAGCCAAAGCAUUCCUCCCCUCUUGACAGGACAGUUGACAAAAGCUCCAAAACUCUAGAAACUUUGUCCCCGACUCUCUUCUGCCCUCCCAUAGUCAUUCUAAAUGACUUGAGAUACAACUUUAUUUUUGUCAUGGCCAGCUUCUAAA